AUGAAUAAUUUAUUAUUUUUUGGAAUAAUUUUAUUAUUAAUUAAUUUAUUAAUUAUCGUUUAUUCUGAUUUAUGCAAAGAUGGAUGUACAAUAUUAUGUAGUGAUUGUGCAGGAAAUUGUUCAAAUUUACCCACAUGUCAGAGUUAUAAAGGAUUGUUUGCUUCUGUGAAAAAGCGAUGUGCAAAAUUGGGGUUUAAUUGCACUGAAGAUCAUUGUGGAUAUUAG